AUCAUGGAUUCAUUGGGUCACCACUGGUCAGCUCUAUUUGCCAUUUAUGGGGCAUGUCCAUGAAAAAGCUACGAGCAUUUCCGCUUAAGGCUGACUUGAUCCAUGUGUCUGAGAACAGAUUGCAUAAUGACUCAUGUCUACUCAUCGAUAGUUAUCCUGACUCUCGCAAGCACCUUAAAAGGUUAAAACCCAUACUGCGCAGGUUAUUGGCGGUUUCGCGUAUGGAGGACAACACAUCGGGUGAGGCUCAAUAUCAAGAUGCAUCGGUUACACCGACGUUGAUCACAAUUGAAUUGUGCUGUGAAAGAAAUACAAAAAGAAAACAAUUGUGUUACAUAGUCGGGUUGCGCAAUGAGCUUGGUAUGCCCAUAAUUCGACAAGACAUGGAAUGUGGAACAUCGCGUACGAUUCGUAUCCCCCGUAUACAUUGUCGCCAAGAAAGGCAAAUGAUGGCCAAAAAAAUUCUCCGUUGUACUCGAAAAACUCGAAAAACGUGGCAACGAAGACUUUCCUGAGCCUGAAACCUGGUGCAUUGACUUCAAGGAGUUUAGUCUCGGUGGAAGGUGGGGCGGGAACUUCAAAAUCCGAUGUCCGGGUUCUUCGCCUCCUUUACGGUACAGUAUCGGGUGCGCCAGAUCCGAGAUCCUU